AUCAAAUACCUAAAUAAAGAGUCAUGUAAAAUACGACUAAUUAAUAACUAAAAUUCAUAAUAAAAAUAAUGAAAAAAAAUUAAAAUUCUUACUAAGAUAAUAGAUUAAGAAGUGCUUUGUAGCUCAAGGCUGUCGCAUCAAACAAGCAUCAAGCAAGGUACAGUACGAAAGCAAGACAAACCUAUUCUGAUUUUGGUUGAGUUGCUACACCUAACUUUCGAUUUUAGCGGUUGAUCAAAACAUAUAUGAAUCGAACCAAUACAUGUAUAAGAUUCGGGGACAAGUUUGAAACAUAAAUAAAUUUCUCUUCCACUAAUAAUUGUUUUCUCUUCUUCUAAUUUUAUGUGUUUUGUAACUAAAUGACACUAACCUCAUAAAAAAAGCAUAAGAGACUACUUUUUAAUUAAAUGUUAUCGUGACAAAAUAUUAUAGCGAUGCUAGCCAUGCUAUUAACAUUGACCAUCUUGCUAGUCUGUAUGGAUAGGAUUGUUGGUGAGAUGAUGCUCCAUAUUGCCAGGAUCUUAUUGGCUUAUUUGCUUGACUAUUUUAUGCCUGAAAGCAAGUACCAGAAUUCUCAAUUGUUGCAAGGUUGUUGGGUGCCACAUCGUACUCCACAUAAGCAAUCUGAUGCAUGCAGUUACCUAAAAGGUUUUUCUUCUUCUCAGGAACGGUAUGGACGGCGACGACGCACGCCAUCACCGCCGUGAUAGGCUCCGGCGUGCUCGCCCUGCCGUGGAGCGUGGCCCAGAUGGGCUGGGUGCUCGGACCCAUCGUCCUCAUCGGCUGCGCGUACAUCACCUACUACACCGCCCUCCUCCUGUCCGACUGCUACCGCACGCCGGGCCCUGUCCACGGCAAACGGAACUACACCUACAUGGACGUUGUCCGCUCCUGCCUCGGUACUAGAGAUGUGGUUGUGUGCGGCCUUGCUCAGUACGCACUUCUCUGGGGGACAAUGGUGGGCUACACUAUCACAACUGCCACAAGCAUCAUGGCCGUCGUGCGCACGGACUGCCACCACUACAGAGGCCGCGACGCCGCCUGCGUCUCGUCCGGGACGAUGUACAUGGUGCUGUUCGGCCUUGUGGAGGUCGUCCUGUCCCAGCUUCCGAGCCUGGAGAAGCUCACGCUCAUCUCAGUGGUCGCCGCCGUCAUGUCGUUCACCUACUCCUUCGUCGGGCUGUUCUUGAGCGCCGCUAAGCUCGCGGCAAACCACGGGGCCCACGGUACCCUUCUCGGAGUCAAGAUCGGCGCCGCCGCCGGCGUCUCCGCGUCGACCAAGAUGUGGCACUCCCUGCAGGCCCUAGGGAACGUCGCCUUCGCGUACACCUACUCCAUGCUUCUCAUAGAAAUCCAGGACACCGUGAAGUCGCCGCCAUCAGAGAACGUAACGAUGAAGAGGGCAAGCCUGUACGGCAUUGGCGUGACGACGAUCUUCUACGUGUCACUCGGGUGCAUCGGGUACGCGGCCUUCGGCAACAGCGUGCCGGGGAACGUCCUUACCGGCUUCGACAAGCCGUUCUGGCUCGUCGACGUCGCCAACGUCGCCGUGGUCAUCCACUUGGUCGGAGCUUAUCAGGUGUACGCGCAGCCGAUCUUCGCGUGCUACGAGAAAUGGCUGGGUAGCAGGUGGCCGGACUCGGCUUUCUUUCACAGGGAGUACCGGCUGCCCCUGGGCGGCGGCCGCGCGGCGCGGUUCACGAUGUGCAAGCUGGUGGUCCGCACGGAGUUCGUGGCGGGCACCACGGUGGUGUCGCUGAUGCUUCCCUUCUUCAACGCCGUGCUCGGGCUGCUCGGCGCCAUCGCGUUCUGGCCGCUGACGGUGUACUUCCCAGUGACCAUGUACAUUGCGCAGGCCAAGGUGGCGCCCGGCAGCCGCAAGUGGGUGUCGCUGCAGGCGCUCAACGUGGGCGCGCUCGUCGUGUCGCUGCUCGCCGCGGUGGGAUCGGUGGCCGACAUGGUGCAGCGACUGGGCCACGUCACCAUCUUCAAGACGCAGCUCUGAAGUAUUCUGAUGGAAAGAAAUCGGCGCGUCUUCGAAGGAUGCGAAGAGGAUUUCGUGAAAAUGAACUUCAGGGCGAAGAAAAUGGACAUCUAGCUAUUAGCAACAAGGGGUCAGGUCAGCACCAGAGGAUCUAAAAGAUUUGUUUACGUAGCUCGUCUUCUUUUUGCUGUUAUAGUGUUAGGUCAUUUGGGUUCAUGUUCUAUAGACAGUAUCCAGCUAUCUUUAAAAUAUUUGUUACAACUAUUCUAAACUCUUUUCUACCUAAUGUGAAAGGCCAGUACAACUACCAUGUUGCUUAAAAAAAGUAU